AUGUUGCAGUCCCCGGUGACUCCGGCCUCAGUAGAGCUGAAAGACACGCCCCCACACUGCCACACUCCCUGCACGCCCACGCACGCCCACAGGCAGCAGACGAGCAGUAAGGAGAGGCAGCAGACGAGCCGCAAGAGGAUGGGCAUACAGUUCCAGGCCCUGCCACCACCACCGCCACCACCACCACCAGCAGCAGCAGCAGCAGCACAGCCACAGGAGGGGGAGGAGAAGGCCCUGCUGGCACCCAACCCCCCACCAUCCCAGGACACUCUUCCUACUGUGGAGAGAUCAGAUUGUUCCACUGAGUACACCUCCAGAAGUCUUAAGAAUACAGUCCACCCCACCACUACCACCACCACCACCACCUGUCCCUUCUGCAGGUACCUGACGGACUUUGAGCCGGUGCAGCGUCUGGCGCGGGGCGGGCUUGGCGUGGUGUGUCAGGUGCGGAACAAGUUGGAUGAGAAUGAGUAUGCCGUGAAGAGGAUCAACCUGCCAACCAACAAGUCAUCUGCUGAGAGAGUGAAGAGGGAGGCGAGGGCCCUGGCCAAGCUCAACCACGCCAACAUUGUCGUCCGCUACUACAACAGCUGGCCGGAGACGCCCCCCCAGGAUGGCAGGACCCCCAAGACGCCAUGCAUAGCCAGAGAGGCUGAGAGAGAGACAGAAAGAGAGGAAGGACCGCGCACUUUGCUGUGCUCCCAGCCCAAGGCAAGCAGGCACGUGCCCACACACUGCCACACUCCCUGCACGCCCACGCACGCCCACAGGCAGCAGACGAGCCGCAAGUUCCAGGCCCUGCCACCACCACCGCCACCACCACCAGCAGCAGCAGCAGCAGCAGCACAGCCACAGGAGGGGGAGGAGAAGGCCCUGCUGGCACCCAACCCCCCACCAUCCCAGGACACUCUUCCCACUGUGGAGAGAUCAGAUUGUUCCACUGAGUACACCUCCAGGUACCUGACGGACUUUGAGCCGGUGCAGCGUCUGGCGCGGGGCGGGCUUGGCGUGGUGUGUCAGGUGCGGAACAAGUUGGAUGAGAAUGAGUAUGCCGUGAAGAGGAUCAACCUGCCAACCAACAAGUCAUCUGCUGAGAGAGUGAAGAGGGAGGCGAGGGCCCUGGCCAAGCUCAACCACGCCAACAUUGUCGUCCGCUACUACAACAGCUGGCCGGAGACGCCCCCCCAGGAUGGCAGGACCCCCAAGACGCCAUGCAUAGCCAGCAAGUCUCCUGUGUUUGUAGUGCAAAACCUUGAAUGCCGAACCACCAAAACGCAGGGGAACACCGCAGUGGAUUGUUAAACGGUCAUUUACUGUGUCUUUCCAUAGUCCUGCUUGUUUCUGUCUCUCUGUGUCUCUGUUUUUGGUGUCUCCCUCCCAAACAUUAUUUUCACAACAAGCCACAAACCAACAUCCCUUGAUUAACACUUAGAUACCUUAACUUAACUCACCCCCAAAACUCCCACAAACUGACUAACUUGUUUUUUGUUUAUUGUUUGUUUAUUUUAUUUAUUUUGUUGAUGUAUUUUUUAUUUGAAAGUAGCCAUAUUCUUAAGGUUUUUAUGGUUCUGUUUAUUAUUAUUUGGGCUGUCCUGUGUUUGUGAUUGCUGGACUCAUAUAGAAAUGGGUAGUUUUAUUAUUAUUAUUUUUUUUUAUUUAUUUAUUUUUCUAUUAUUUUUGAUGUUUUUAUUAUUUUGUUGUUUAUUUUUGUGUUAUUUAUUUAGCCUGCCUGGCAUACAGUUAGAUUGACUGUUAUUUUGUUGUUUAUUUGUUUAUAUUGUUUUAUUUUAUUUAGUAUUUGUUUAGUUAAUGAUUUAGUGUUAUUGGUGUUUUUUGUUUAUUUGUGUAUUCAGUUUUAUUUACAGCUAUUUAUUGAUUUAUUUUUAUUGAUUUAUUUGUUUUUAGUUUUGAGUCUGGCCAACAGGGAAAAGCUAACAACAACAAUUAACCCAAAAUUACAAUUACUAUUUCUAUAUGAUUACUUUUCAUAUUAAGGAGACUGGCCAAGGCAAAACACCCUUUGUACAGUGCAACUCCUGAAACAAAAGAGGAGAAAAAUGAUUGAAGUUCCUGAGGUGUCUAAUACUCCUCUUUUGAGAUAGAAACACUGACAGGCAGCAGAGUCCCAGAGUGCACCAGUGAAGGGGUGAAACAAUGACAAUACUGCCUGGCUCUUGCACUAGUGAGGUGGACAGAAUAGGGAUGAGAAUAAAGAGAAAUUGUCAUAGGAAAUACAAACUGGCAGACUUUAGAGUGUAACAGUGAAGGGGUUGAAAAAGUGGAGGUACUGUUUAGCUCUUGCACUAGUGGGGUGGACAGAAUAGGAGAGGAUUCUUAAAAGUUUGGCAUUGUUAGCUUGAAAGAUUAUACUUGAAAGAUUAUUUAUUACAUGUUGAAAGGACAGAAUAGGGAUGAAAAUAUAUAGAAAGUCUUGUGAAGAUACUGGUUAACUCUUGUACUAGUGAGGUAGACAGAAUAGGAGGCCAUUCUAACAAGUUUGGCAGUGUUAGUUUGAAAGGCGAUACUUAAAAAAAAGACUUAUUACAUAUUUAAAGGACAGAAUAGGGGUGAAAAUAAAUGAGAAUAAGUAGAAAGUCUUGUUAUCAGGGGGACAUGAGAAAAAUUUUGGCAGUGUUAAUGUGUUUGUUACCGACUUUUUUCACCUCGCAUCACCUCUGUCUCUCUCCUGAACCUCUAAAAAAAUAUGUAUAAUGCAUUUAGACAAGUUAGGAAGGAGGUUAAGAGAGAGAGGUGAGAUGAAGUGAGAAUAUUCCUAUGUAUUUUCUGUCAUAACACCUCAUAUCACCUUUUGUCUCCCCUGAACCUCUAAAAAUAUCAACAGUGAGACAUUUAGACAAGUUAGGGAGGUUAAGAGAGAGAGAGAGGUGAGAUGAAGUGAGAUUAUUCCUGUCUCUCUCCUAGCUUAAACUUUCAAAAAUAUUUAUAAUGAGAAAUGUAGAUAAGUUAGAGAGGUGUAGAGAGAUAGAGGUGAGAUGAAGUGAGGUUAUUGUUUUGUUUCUUGCCUAACACCUUUCUCUCUCUCCUUCUCUUGGUCUCUGCCUCCUCAAAAAGAGCCUGUAUUAAUGAACUGGUGAUGGUACAUGCCUAUAAUACCUUGUAACAACAUUUCAUCAUAAAAUCUGCCAAUGCUGGUUGAAUUAUAAUCAUUGUCAUUCCUCAUGCUAAGCUUAGUAUUAUUAUUAUUAUUAUUACUAUUAUUAUUAUCAUGUCAUGCAUUAGUCUUUUCAUUUGUUUCCUGCACCGUCAUUGGUGCAGGAAAUAUCAUGAUGUUUUGGUUGCAAGAGUCCAUGUAUAUAUAGAUUGAGCCAUCGUAUUCAUGUUUAUCAUUGUGUGGUGUUGUAAAUAUACUUUAUCUGUAAAUAAAAAAUGUAUCCUAU